UUAAAAUGUCAGAUUUAACGCAGCACUAAUUUAUAUACUCUUUGCGCAGCACCAGUGUUGUGUUGUGGUAGUGGUAGUGGUGACCUUAGAUGGUUUAUAAAUAAACAUUUAGUUAUUUAAUUGAUUUAUUGUGUGCACUAGCUGUUACUAUCAUAAAACAAGAUGAACGAGAUAUAUAAAUACCGUGACAAUAUUAAACACAACUUCUUGGUGUAAAAUAAGUGUUAUCGCUGUUGGCGUCGCCAGAUUUUUUGUGGUUCGAGUUUACAAAAUAAACUAUGGCAUCGGUGGAUACUGUUAAAGUGUCGGUGGUAACUGACCGUACCCCUAAUAUUAUUUCGUGUUCAAAUACAUUUACAGCUGAAGAAUUGUGCAUACUUUUGUGUAAAAAGUAUAACAUACCACCUCUGACGCGCACUUUAUUUGCAUUAAGAGUCAAAGGCACUGAUUAUUUCCUUAAAGAUAACUGUCUGGUUCUUGCUGGCUGUCGUGAUUAUGAAUUGAGAAUUCGUUUCAAGGUACCAAGACUUGGACUUCUAAUAACAAUAGAUGAGACAACAUAUGAUUAUUAUUUUCAACAAGCACGGAAUGAUGUAAAUGAAAACAAGGUACCAGAAAUUAAGUAUCCAGAGCACAAACAAGAAUUACUGGGAUUGGGAAUUGCAGAUAUGACUCGUGCAAUUUUAGAAGAAAAGCUUCCACUCAAUGAUGUUGUUAAAAAUUACAAGAAAUAUAUUCCAAAAGUUAUUGUAAGAAGACAUGGUCCAUUUCCAAAGAAAUAUGCACAUGAUUAUCUCCCUCAACUGUGUUCUGUGGGUCAUAAUGUCAACUAUGUUAAAAAUCUCUAUCUGCAACAAUUAUACGGCUUGGCGCCUAAUUACCUAUCAGAGGAGUAUGAUAAUGUUUUAUGGCAAAAUGGGGGAGAUGUUAUACCUGUACGUGUCAUUGUGGCUCCCUUUCAUCCACAUCAACCUGGAAUUAGACUCUAUAAUACCUUAAAACGUGAUUGGUUUCAUGUUUGUACAGUAGAAGAGUUAAUUUAUCUAACGAGAAAUGGUGAUAAUUCUGUAGAAGUAUCUAGAAGAGGUACGCCAUUGUUUUUCAAGUUCAAAACUGAAGAACAACUUUCAUCUUUUAUAUCAAUAUGUGAUGGAUACUACAGGUUAAUGGUAAAAUGGACGUUCAAUUUAUCAAAGGACGACGAGACGCCUUCGUUGAAAGAAUUGCAUCGGAUAAAAUGCCAUGGUCCUGUUGGGGGUGCAUUUUCGUAUCGUAAAUUGGAAGAGAAACGUGGGAAGAAACACGGCUGUUACAUAUUAAGGCAGUGUCAAGAUGAUUACAAUGUAUUUUACCUUGAUGUUUGUACAAAAAACAGUACAACAGAGACAUACAGACUGGAAUUCAAAGGUCACUGUUAUAUUUUUAAUAAGGAAGAAUAUUUUAGUAUUGAAAGACUGGUUAGCUGUCAUCAGAAUCCUGAAGGAAGGAUAUAUCUGAAUGAAUGUAUACCUCCAUCUGAAUAUGAUAAAUCCCAGCUACUUUUGUGUGGUGAGCCAGUGAAGAAAGGUGUACGGAUAGAUCAAGCCGAGUUGCAGGAAAUCCUUAAAGACAACAGAAGUCCUCGAUGUCUGCCUAAUAAAGAUAUACUCCUUUAUACAGGAUCUGAGAAAAUGGGUUCGGAAAACAUAACAGCCACAUACAAAGCAUUGUGGAAAUUGGACGAAACUAAAAAACUGGUUGUUGCAUUUAAAACUUUACAAAGAGAUAAAGCUGCUGACUACUUAAAGGAUUUCAUAGAAUUGGCAAGUAAAUGGGCUUGUGUACAAUCAAGCUCUAUAGUAAGAUUGUAUGGAGUUACAUUGAGCUCGCCAACAGCUAUGGUACUGGAAUACCUACCUUAUGGACCGUUUGAUGAUUACCUACGGGAGCACGGGGAGUUGGUGAAGCCUCUUCAGUUGAAGAAGGUGUGCGCGGGACUUGCGCGUGCGCUGUGGGACUUGUCUGAGGCGGGCGUGGCGCACGGCGGAGUGCGCUGUCGUCGUCUGUUGCUCGCCGCCGCUGCACAUGACCGUCUCGUAGUCAAGCUCGCUGGACCCACACUGCGCAACUACACGCAACUAGACGUACAUUGGAUACCUGUUGAAUUCUAUUCAGAUUUGAACCUGGCGAAGCGAUCGGUCAUAGCCGAUAUAUGGGCGUUCGCGACCACUUUGUGGGAGAUAUUCUCUUACGGGCAAUCUCCAAAUGACACUAAUCCAGUAUUGACUGCGAGGAGCUACGAGAUGGGUGACCGCCUGCUGCGUCCGGCGCGGUGUCCGGGCGAGGUGUGGGCGCUGAUGCGACAGUGCUGGCAGCCGGACCCCCUGCGGCCGCAGGAGAUCAUGCGGGACAUGAACCACAUGCUGCACAGAGAAUAUGUGCCAAUACACACAUAUGAGGAACCAAAGAUCUCUCUCGAUCAUUUAGAGCACGCCGACACUGUUUCAAGUGACAGGUUUAUACCGAGUGAACUGAGCGACGCGGGUAGCAACAAGUCGCUGAUAUCUGUGGAUAGCAGUGUGCCAUCUAUGAAUGGCACCAUGUCAGACUCUUAUGACAAUCCUUUCUCGGACAACAAGUCAUCGAACUCUCUGGAGAAUAUGAACGCGCUGACGUACGCGCUGCGGGCCGCGGCGGGUAGCGGGGCGGGCAGCGGGGCGGGCAGCGGGGCGGGCAGCGGGGCGGGCAGCGGGGCGGGCAGCGGGCGCAGCAGCGCGUGCGCAGCUCCCGAAGACCGCGACGAGCUGGCCGCCUCCGCCGCACCUCGCCUCAUGGAGUCCAUCGUCUCCCAGGGCAAGACCUACCUCGUCACGCUCACCAAGAAGAUCGGCAGCGGUAACUACGGACACGUGUACAAGGGGUGGAUGGAACGAGACAAUCAAGAAUCUCAAAGGAAGGAAGUGGCGGUCAAGAAGCUGACUCGGCAAGCUUCCGAAAGAAACGGAAAUUUAUAUGAAGACUUUAAAAACGAAUUGGAAAUAAUGAAGUCUCUACAGCAUAUAAAUAUCGUGGAGAUCCUGGGCUACUCGUGGGACCACGGCUCCGAUGUGCUGAUCGUGAUGGAGUACUUAGAGGAGGGUUCCCUCAACUACUACCUCAAGUUCCAGGGUGACAAGCUGCGGAUAUCGCAUCUGCUCAAAUACGCAAAGGAUAUCGCUACAGGUAUGGACCACGUGUCGGCAAAGAACGUGGUGCACCGCGACCUGGCCACGCGCAACAUCUUAGUUGUCAACAAGUACCACGUCAAGAUCUCAGACUUCGGCCUCGCCAGGAUCAUACCAAAGGAGGAGAGCGCCUACAGGAUCAAGACGGAACGACUGCUGCCUAUUAAUUGGUACGCUCCGGAGUCUGCGGUGGAGCCGUGGCACUUCUCGACGAAGAGUGAUGUGUGGUCGUACGGCGUCACCGCCUGGGAGAUCUUCUCUCGUGCACGUCAUGAGGUGCCCAAGUUUGACGUCGACCGACCUCGAGAGCGCGCCUCAUGUUUCCAAAUCCCCGAAGGCUGUCCGUCGGAGAUAUUCCGGCAUCUGAUGAAGGAUUGUUGGACCCUCGACCCCAACCUCAGGCCAAAGUUUAUUGAUCUCGUACACAUGUGUAAGAGAUUUAUGGACGAAUAUAAGUGAAUUAUAAAUUAUGAAUUUUGAAGAAUUAAUUA